AAGAUUUCUUUUUCUUUUCUACUCAUCUCCGCCGACCAGAACUCCUGAUCUCUUCUCUCUUGAUUCUCCCUCUCGUGUAUUCCACCGUCGCCUCUGAAUCGCCCAAUGUCGCCGACCGUUCCUCUCCGGCCACAUGCAAGAGGUUACCAAUUGCCCCUCUUCUUGCGAACCCUAGGCAAAUCCACUCGCUAUGCCACCCGAUCGUCGGUCGCCUAUCCAAGCCGAAGCGCAACCUUGACACAACGAGCAACCCGACGCCCAUGUCCUGAUGCAUCAUCGAUCGUCGAAAUCAGCAGCAACCCUUUUUCCCCGAUUCAUUGCUGGCGCAUCACCUGUUACUUCUCUUCACUAUGCCCUAUUCUGAUUGGUGUUGUUUUGUUUUGUUAGAAUUCCGCCGAUCCUCUAUCUCAACCACCAUGGUGGUCCAUGGGUUGAGGCCGUGUGCUCCUGCCGACAACAACAGCCUUGAUCUCCCGACCUUUCAUUUCCUUGCCGUUUGAGAAGAUAGAUUUCGGCGAUCCCCUAAUGCCACCACUUUGCUGGAGUUGUUCGAGUUAUUGUAGCUCCUGUUGUGAGCCACCAACGACCACAUUGGAAUUGGCAUUGACCAACACUUUUCACCGGCGAUCCAGGACUCCAACCAUCUCUUUCAGCCAUGGGUCACCUCUGGUCGUAAGCCAUCAGCAGCUACUAUUGCAUUUGAGUUAUUCAGAACGGAAUAUACUUAUGAAUUCGCUGCUGAAGCAGCCAGCAGCAUGAACGGAGGCGACCACUACAAUGACAGCACCGCGGUAUCUUCCCAGCAUAUUCUCCUGCAAGGAAUCCCCAAGAUUCCCUCCGCGAUCCCCUCAAGCACCUCUCAGGAGCAUCUCGGCGGUCCGUCCUCCUCCAAACAACAUCGUGCCCCUUUGUCCUCGAUAGCGAAUCCCAAUGCAGAAUAUUCAAACGCUGUUCCCUCAUCCUUUCUCCUUUACCUCCCGUCGCCGACGCGCCGAGCCAUUUCUGAACAACUCCGCUCUCUUCCCUACCUCAUCAAACAUGGCGAUGGCUGAGCGGCCGGCCCAGGGGUGUCUCGGCGACUACAUCAGGGCGCUCGAGGAAGAGCGCAAUAAGAUCGAGGUGUUCCAGAGGGAGUUGCCUCUUUGUCUCCAACUGAUCACGCAAGCGAUCGAGACUGCGAGACUGCAGAUGGCGAAUAAUCGGCCGGUUCUGGAAGAGUCGCUUUCUCUCAGGCGGAGCCCCACGUCGACGGAGGAGGAGGAGGAGGAGGAGGAGGAGGAGGAGGAUGCCCCAUCGGAGACUAAGGCCGAUUGGUUCAUAUCGCUCCAGCUCCAAAAUCGAGAGUGGCCGAAGAAGCCAAUAGCGGUGAGCCUGAAGAAGACGGGCGGCGGCGCAUUCCGGCCAUUUGAGAGGGGAAAUCACAGAGCCACCACGACGGCGGUGACGGCGGCAAGCAGCUCCGCCACUGUUGUCGCUGAGGGCGAUGGUAAUGAUGACGAAGACGUUGUCGUAGUGGAUAAAGAUAUGGGGAAGAAGGAAGGCGAGGCUCAAUCUCAUCGGAAGGUGAGGCGGUGCUGGUCACCGGAGCUCCACCGCCACUUCCUCAUCGCCCUCAACCACCUCGGAGGUUCCCACGCGGCGACGCCAAAGCAAAUCAGAGAGAUGAUGAAGGUGGACGGUCUCACCAACGACGAGAUCAAGAGCCACUUGCAGAAAUAUAGGCUCCACCAUAGGCGACCGAGUCCGGCAUCUCAGAGCAGCAGUCAUGGCUAUCAGCAACCGCCACAACUUGUACUGAUCGGAGGAAUCUUGGUUCAGCCGCCGGAGUACGUGAUAGCCACUGGCGCCGUACCACAACCGGCUGCUAUCUAUACGCCCGUGCCGUCAAAUCUGCCUCCACUGGAUGCCGGCGUCAACGCAACCUCCCCAGCAACCUCGGCAACUACUGCAGAUUCCAUCUAACUCAUCGGCGAUUUAGAUUGCUGGGGUUUUUUAAUUAAAUUUUGCAGGGAGAGAAAAUGAUUUCUGUGAUUGGAGAUGAAAAGAAAAUUGAACAAUUAGUGAAACAAUCAAAGAUAAAUGGGGAAAAAAUUGUAUCAAGGGAACUUUUAUAAGUUCAAACUCCAAAGUGAUUCAACCAUUUCGAAA